AUGCGCAGGGUGCAGAAGGCAGAUCAGAUCACCUUCAGAAAAACCUGUGAAGUUGAAGAUGAAAAUGAAGAUCCAAGGAUAUUUGAUAAAUCGAAAGACAGUAACCAAGAAACAAACACCAUCAAGAUUGGUAUCAUUCUCGACACAAAAUCAUGGGUGGGGAAGGUUGUCCACAGCUGCAUUACUAUUGCAAUUUCAGACUUUUACAUGCUCAAUGAACAGUACAAAACAAGGAUUGCUCUUGAAACAAGAGACUCAAGAGGAGAACCUUCUGAUUUUAUAGCUUCUGAGUCAAGUAACGCAAAUCAUAGCAUAGGAUGCCAACAUGUUCCAUCUCUACCUCGUGUUGCCUCGUCUCAAAUGAGCAUGGAUUCCCGCCUCAGAAACUUGGGAUAA